UGAAGAAUGAAUCAGUUUCAGACUAGGACAGCGCACUGCUGCAGUGAUCUCACCUUCUCAGUGAUGGUUACGGAAGACAUGUUGUUUUCCAAAUCGACUGCAGCGCCUCAUUGAGUUCAAGAGCUUCAUCUUGUAUGCCCGUGACCAGUAUACCUGGACGCAGGUCGGGUGUGACGAAGCACAAGUGCGGGGAUCGUGGGGUCAAGGGCAACCGUCAACCUGCGCGGGGUGUGUCCCCAAUGCGCUAAAUGACACCACCCCUACUCACAUGAUGUAGGUAUAUUUGCAGAGCAGGUAUACCCACUCCGAUAGCCAUCAUCCGAUAAAAUCGAAAUCGCCAUGGCACGCCGAUUUGGUUACGAACGGUUUCUCCCAUCGCAUCCUUUCUACUUUCCACCUUGAUUCCCAUCGCCCACAAUGCCUCUUGCACAGCCCUCCAAUCCCGACGAACAUGUCACAUCCCAAUUCUCACUCAAAGGCAAAACCGCAGCCGUAACGGGUGGCGUCCGCGGGAUCGGGCUAGCCGCCUCGAAAGCCCUCGCAGAAGCCGGCGCAAACGUCGCCAUCCUGUACUCCAGCACCAAAGACGCCGACGCCAUCGCCUCGUCCAUCGCCUCCGCGACAGGAGUGCGAGUGCAAGCCUACAAAGCCUCCGUUGAGAACAAAGAAGAAAUAACCCGCGUCAUCAACACCAUCGCAAAAGACUUCGGCGGUCUAGACAUUGUCGUCGCAAACGCCGGAAUCGCAACACACCACCCUGCCGAAGACUACACCGAAGAACAAUGGCGCCACAUCAUGGCCGUAAACCUCGACGGUGCAUUCUACACAGCGCAAGCCGCAGGAGUAAUCUUCAAGCAGCAAGGUCACGGCAACCUCAUCUUCACCGCUAGCGUUUCCGCUAUCCUCGUCAACGUCCCGCAGAAACAGGCAGCCUACAACGCGUCGAAAGCGGGUGUCGUGCAGCUAGCUCGCUGCUUGAGUGUCGAGUGGGUGGAUUUCGCGCGCGUCAAUUGUAUUUCUCCCGGGUUCAUUGCGACGGAUAUGCUCGAUGUGCAUCCCAAGGAGUGGAGAGAGAAGUGGAUGGGCAUGGUCCCUGCGGGGAGGCUGUGUGAUACGGGCGAGUUGAAGGGGGCGUAUGUGUUUUUGGCGAGUGGGGCGAGUAGUUAUAUGACCGGGGCGAAUUUAGUAAUUGAUGGGGGGUAUACACUACCGUAGCUUCGUCGUGAGAGCGAGCAUAAAGAGAAGCCAAAUUAAGUUUUGAGUCUGUUAUUGCGCCCUGUGGAUUUGAUCUUUGUCUUUGGACAAUCUACGCGUCCCUUGCAAUCUUGGCAUCUACUUCACUAACCGCACUGCCCUCUUUCAUACGUCGUCAUUUUCAUCCUCGUCGCUCACCCCAUUCUGCAUUCCAAAGCUUAUCGAUAUUGUGGGCUGCCCAUUGUCACGCCCUGCAAGGCGGUCCACCAGCGGAAGUGCCAGGGUCUAAGAGUGCGGACC